UAAAACGUCGUAUAAUAUUCGAUAAGACAGUGACCGAGAACGUCGUCGAUAACUCGACAGAAAAACACAGAGAUCCUCUAAAAAUCGUCAGUUGAAUAGUCAAUACAACGAUGCCGAUAAUGAUACUGGGUCUCAGUGGUAGCCGCGCUACUUCUGACCCGUCGCUGCCACUGAUGUUUCUGCUAAUUUUGCUACCCUUAACGUACAGUUACAGCAUCAAUGUUCUCGAAUCGGAAUCAGAGAACGCUCAGUUUAUGGAAAAACUUCCGGUCACGUACCAAGAAAAUUUAGAAUUGUUGGAUACCGUUCUAGCACUUGAAGAACAAUGGUCACCUGUUUGGAGCGAAGAGCUCCAUUUGGAGGAGUUGCUUGAAGAAGAAAAACUGGUCAAUGAGUUCUGUCCAUUAACGUUUGAAUAUGGAGAAACGGUGAACACGCUCAAUUACAUCAAAUGGGUAAAGAAACACUGCUCGCAUUCCGGCAUGCACGUAGCAUUUGCCGUAAAGUUGCUGGGUUAUUCGGUCAAGUGUUUGUUCUACAAAAACGCCAUAGCUCAAUUUACCUCAAUAAAAAAUCUAAAAAAAGAAGAUUCGCAGUUUACGGAGUACGACACGCACCUGCAACACCUGAUUGACGAUAGUCAUAUGUUCGCCGAUCGGAUGGCCAGUGUACACGUGAGUCUCGUCGACCUGAUUGAGUGGACCAAGACAUAUGAGGAAUUAAAAAAAUUGUUGAAUGAUUACAAAUUAAUGCCGGAGGACAAACAAUUUCAAUCAAGAAAAAAAAAAAAAUUUUUAGAUGGUAUUACUAAGACAGCCUCUAAAAUUGUCGAAGAUGUGGAGGAAAAGUUGGAUUCAUUAUGUAGUGUCCCGGCAAAAAUCAAUUGGUACGACUUUGAAAAUAAAAAGUCUGUGGAGCUGUUUAUCGAUAGAGAAAAAAUAUCUGAAGAGGAGAUAAAAGAAGUAUCCAAAGAGGGGAUUACGGUUCCUACAGACCAGUCAUCGUCCUCCGAUUUGCCAGUUGAAUAUGUCCUCACGGACCCAAUAUUGAAGAAAGCUGACGAAUUGCGAAAGAUGUUCCACAAGAUAUUCGAUAAACUACUGCUCGGAAAAUUACCAUUGGAGGUUUGGGAACUAGUAUUUCAAAACUAUAUACUUGUAUAUUCUAAUUAAAUUUUUUAUAUGUUAUUAAAUUAAUUGAAUAUUUAAAAUAAUAUGUAAAGAAUGUUUUUAUACGAUUAGGUAUAAUUAUUUAAUACACAUAGGAAUGGCAAAAAUCGAUCAUGUUAAUUGUUUCAUUCAGACUUACUAGUGUAUAAAUUAUAAUAUAUAAUUAUACAGUAUUGAUAAAAGUUAA